UAUGUUCAGCAUCCACAUUUUCUGGUGAUGCACUGUUCACGGUGUCAUUACUGGUAUGCCUGAAUCCUAUGCAGAAUACUUAUUUGACACUCCAUUCGAUUUUUCUCAGACACUCAGUGCCUCUUAAUUUUCUCAUAUAGACUUAAAAAAAUAUAUAUUUUGCACGGCUACACUUUGACAACCAGGGCAUUGUGCUGCGCAUGCGCCGUUACAGUGGGGUUUGGGUUCUGUUUACAGAAGGAAUGUUGUUGCAGAAGUAGCAAGCUAACUUGUGCAAUGUUAUGUCAACCGUCUUUGGAAUAAAACACAAUUAUGGACAAAGGUGAUUUUACUCAUUUCCCCUCCAUUCAUGCGUCUGGCUUGGUUUAGCUGUCAUGGAUGACAAGGCCUUGGUGGGGAAAAUUAGCGUGUCGUCCGACUCAGUGUCCACCCUGAACAGUGAGGACUUUGUGCUGGUGUCGCGGCUGGGGGACGACACCCCAGGCUCCUCCAUUAAUAACGGUAGCGAUGACGAAAAGACAGGACUGAAGGUGAUUUCUGAGGAAGGGGUCAGCUUUAAGAUUGUGGGAAACGGCAGUGAGCAACAGUUGCAGAAGGAGCUGGAGGAUGUUCUGAUGGACCCCUCUGUAGCUGAUCAGAUUCUGAGCGGUGGCAGUGGUGGCUGGGGAGACCAGGUGGGAGGGGGGGACCAUGUGUCCCAGCGCACCACAGCAGUACCCCAACCGUGCCCUGACCCCCUCAGCGACCCCCUCAACACCCUGCCAAAAGUUGAGAUGGUUCUGCCCGUCCAAUCCGCACAAGGUGCACAGGAGAGCGAGCUAAAUGAACGAUCGUACCGCGGGGAUGAGUCAUCAUCGGAGUGCAGCCCCAGUACACCCAUCCCAGACGAGGACAGUGUGGUCUUCAAUAAGCUGACCUACCUGGGCUGUGCCUCGGUCAAUGCCCCCCGCAGUGAGGUGGAAGCUCUCUGCAUGAUGACCGUCCUCAGAGGGCAGUGCCAGCUACCCCUGGACGUCACCCUAUCUGUGCCCGGCGUCUCAGAGGGCACCGUCAGGUUGCUGGACCCCCAGACAAGCACAGAGAUAGCCAGUUACCCCAUCUACAAGAUCAUGUUCUGUGUGCGUGGUCAUGACGGCACGCCUGAGACUGACUGCUUUGCCUUUACAGAGAGCCACUACAACGCAGAGAUCUUCCGUAUACAUGUCUUCCGCUGCGAGAUCCAAGAGGCGGUCAGCAGGAUACUGUACAGUUUUGCCACGGCCUUUAGGCGGUCCGCCAAGAAGACGCUCCUCUCGGGCUUGGCUCCGCCCCUGACGCCAGACAGCGACGUCUUCACCUUCACCGUCAGUCUAGAGAUCAAGGAGGAUGAUGGGAAAGGGACCUUUAGCGCUGUGGCGAAAGACAAAGACAAGAACAGCUUUAAGCUGCGUCCUGGAAUGGACAAGAAGGUCUUCAUCUACGUACAGCAGACGUCCAAUAAGGAGCUGUCUAUAGAGAGGUGCUUUGGCUUACUGCUGUGCCCAGGGACGAACGUGAAGAACAGUGACAUGCACCUGCUAGACCUGGAGUCGAUGGGGAAGUCAUCCGAUGGAAAGUCCUACAUCAUCACAGGGAGCUGGAAUCCCAACACGCCUCAGUUCCAGGCUGUCAACGAGGAGACAGCCAAAGAUACGUUUAUCUACAUGACGACGGCGGUGGACCUGGUGAUCACUGAGGUGGAGGAGCCGGUUCGUUUCCUGCUGGAGACCAGGGUCAGAGUCUGCUCCCCCAACGAGAGGCUCUUCUGGCCAUUCAGCAAACGCAGCUACACAGAGACUUUCUACCUGAAACUCAGACAGAUGGAACGUAAGAGGAACAAGGACACCCUGUACGAGGUGCUGAGCCUGGAGAGCGAGUUAGAGAGGGAGAGGAAGAAGACGACAGCCAGCCCCAACAUCCUGCAGUCUGCCUCCCAAGGAUCCAUGGUGCCAUCGCCCCCUGAGGAUGAUGAGGAGGAAGACAAUGACGAGCCGUUGCUGAGUGGCUCAGGAGACGUGUCAAAAGAGUGUGCUGAGAAGAUCCUGGAGACCUGGGGAGACCUGCUGUCCAAAUGGCAUCUGAACCUGUCUGUGCGUCCCAAGCAGCUCCCGGCUUUGGUGCGUAGCGGGGUCCCAGAGGCCCUCAGAGGAGAGGUGUGGCAGCUCCUGGCUGGUUGCCAUAACAACGACCACCAAGUGGAGGAGUACCGCACCCUCAUCACUAAGGAGUCUCCCCAGGACAGUGCCAUCACCAGAGACAUUAACAGGACUUUCCCAGCUCACGACUACUUCAAGGACACUGGAGGAGACGGGCAAGACUCACUCUACAAGAUCUGCAAGGCCUACUCAGUGUAUGAUGAGGAGAUUGGUUACUGCCAGGGACAGUCUUUCCUGGCCGCUGUGCUGCUGCUGCACAUGCCUGAGGAACAGGCCUUCAGUGUUCUGGUCAAGAUCAUGUUUGACUACGGACUCAGGGACCUCUUCAAGCAGAACUUUGAGGAUCUACACUGCAAGUUCUUCCAGCUGGAGAGACUCAUGCAGGAAUACAUCCCAGACCUGUAUAACCACUUCCUGAACGUGGGUCUGGAGGCUCAUAUGUACGCCUCUCAGUGGUUCCUCACGCUCUUCACAGCCAAGUUCCCCCUCUACAUGGUGUUCCACAUCAUAGACCUGCUACUCUGUGAGGGCAUCAGUGUGAUCUUCAACGUGGCUCUGGCUCUCCUGAAGACCUCAAGGGAAGACCUGCUGGCAACAGACUUUGAGGGGGCGCUCAAGUUCUUCCGGGUCCCGGUUCCCAAACGCUACCGCUCAGAGGAGAACGCUAAGAAACUGAUGGAGCUGGCCUGCAGCAUGAAGAUCAGCCAGAAGAAGCUGAAGAAGUAUGAGAAGGAAUAUGACAGCAUGAGAGAACAGCAGGAGCAGCAGGAGGCUCCCAUUGAGAGAUAUGAGAGGGAGAACCGUCGUCUCCAGGAGGCUAACAUGCGUCUGGAGCAGGAGAAUGAUGACCUGGCCCAUGAACUGGUCAGCAGCAAAAUCGCUCUGCGCAAAGACCUGGACAACGCUGAGGAGAAAGCAGACGCUCUGAACAAGGAGCUGUUGAUGACCAAACAGAAGCUGGUGGAUUCAGAGGACGAGAAGAGACGACUAGAGGAGGAGUCUGCACAGCUGAAAGAGAUGUGCAGACGGGAGCUGGGUAAAUCAGAGUCUGAGAUAAAGAAGAAUGGUUCCAUCAUAGGAGAGUACAAACAGAUCUGCUCUCAGCUCAGUGAGCGUCUGGAGAAACAACAGAUCGCCAACAAGGGAGAGGUGGAGAAGAUCCGGCUGAAGGUGGAGGGCUGUGAGAAGUGCUCUAUCCUCUUCAACAAGGAGGGUCGUCUAAAGGCAGUGAAGAAGAUGAAGGAGGGCAGCGAGGAAGAGACGGACGAGGAGAAGGAGGGUCUGAAGAACCAGCUCAGAGAGAUGGAGCUGGAACUGGCCCAGACCAAACUACAACUGGUGGAGGCCGAGUGCAAGAUACAGGACUUGGAGCACACCCUGGGUCUGGCCUUGAACGAGGUCCAGGCAGCCAAGAAGACCUGGUUCAACAGAACCUUAACCUCCAUCAAGACCGUGACUGGAGCACAGGGGAAGGAGACGACCUAACCUGAGACCCACCUCCUCUCCUCCUCGACCACAGACCAUUCCCUGCUGCUCCCAAACCUCGACCCGUUCCUCUCCCAGCCUCCCCCUCCUCCCCCUGGUCAGGGGUACCAGCCACUAACUUGACCGGAGUGAACCAAACCUCACCACGACAGGAGUUUUAAAUAAGGACUGAGUUCAAAGGUACCACUGCCCCAAACUAAAUGAUAUACUUAAUUAAAAAAGAAACAGAAAAGAAAAGAGUCUUCAACAUUGGUCUUUAUACUACUGAUAUUUAACAGGUAAGGAAGGAGUUGUAGAGAGUUACCUGAACUGUCCUCUCUCCAGACAUGGGAAAGACAGCGCUUCAUUAUGCUGAUUUCUCUCCAGACAUGGGAAAGACAGCGCUUCAUUAUGCUGUCCUCUCUCCAGACAUGGGAAAGACAGCGCUUCAUUAUGCUGUCCUCUCUCCAGACAUGGGAAAGACAGCGCUUCAUUUUACUGUCCUCUCUCCAGACAUGGGAAAGACAGCGCUUCAUUUUGCUGUCCUCUCUCCAGACAUGGGAAAGACAGCGCUUCAUUUUACUGUCCUCUCUCCAGACAUGGGAAAGACAGCGCUUCAUUUUACUGUCCUCUCUCCAGACAUGGGAAAGACAGCGCUUCAUUUUUACUGUUCUCUCUCCAGACAUGGGAAAGACAGCGCUUCAUUUUUACUCUCCUCUCUCCAGACAUGGGAAAGACAGCGCUUCAUUUUUACUGUCCUCUCUCCAGACAUGGGAAAGACAGCGCUUCAUUUUUACUGUCCUCUCUCCAGACAUGGGAAAGACAGCGCUUCAUUUUACUGUCCUCUCUCCAGACAUGGGAAAGACAGCGCUUCAUUUUUACUGUCCUCUCUCCAGACAUGGGAAAGACAGCGCUUCAUUUUUACUGUCCUCUCUCCAGACAUGGGAAAGACAGCGCUUCAAUUUUACUGUCCUCUCUCCAGACAUGGGAAAGACAGCGCUUCAUUUUUACUGUCCUCUCUCCAGACAUGGGAAAGACAACGCUUCAUUUUACUGUCCUCUCUCCAGACAUGGGAAAGACAGCGCUUCAUGUUACUGUCCUCUCUCCAGACAUGGGAAAGACAGCGCUUCAUUUUACUGUCCUCUCUCCAGACAUGGGAAAGACAGCGCUUCAUUUUACUGUCCUCUCUCCAGACAUGGGAAAGAUAGCGCUUCAUUUUACUGUCCUCUCUCCAGACAUGGGAAAGACAGCGCUUCAUUUUACUGUCCUCUCUCCAGACAUGGGAAAGACAGCGCUUCAUUUUACUGUCCUCUCUCCAGACAUGGGAAAGACAGCGCUUCAUUUUUACUGUCCUCUCUCCAGACAUGGGAAAGACAGCGCUUCAUUUUUACUCUCCUCUCUCCAGACAUGGGAAAGACAGCGCUUCAUUUUUACUGUCCUCUCUCCAGACAUGGGAAAGACAGCGCUUCAUUUUUACUGUCCUCUCUCCAGACAUGGGAAAGACAGCGCUUCAUUUUACUGUCCUCUCUCCAGACAUGGGAAAGACAGCGCUUCAUUUUUACUGUCCUCUCUCCAGACAUGGGAAAGACAGCGCUUCAUUUUUACUGUCCUCUCUCCAGACAUGGGAAAGACAGCGCUUCAUUUUACUGUCCUCUCUCCAGACUACUUGCACCAACAACAACUCCAACUGUAAUCUAGGUACUACCAGAGCUAAAUAACAGCCUCCUUCUUUUCAAACUGAGCGUUUCUCAUUUCUGUUCUAUGAUACCUUUCUUUUUCUAUAUAUGUGUGAUUCUGAACAUGCUUAUGAAUAAAUAUGAUGAGUGAAAACU